AUGACAUAUAGUCUUCGACGUUCUGGAGAAAAAUUGAAGAUCGUGAUGAAAAUGGCUCGUUGGCUACGGAACCAAGGCAGUGGACAUACUGGUGAGGGAAAUGGCUCCGGCCGGUGUCAUCUUUUGGAGCUGCCCAUAGAGCUGCUGCUGGAGAUCGUGUCACAUUUAACUGAAGUCCCAGAAGCAUCUCUAGCGCUCACUUGCAAGAGUCUCUUUUUUAUUUCGGGAGCAGUCUUCGAGAAUGAAUCACUUCAUUUCAGUCGAGAUUUCGCACCUCUCUUUCACCAUUACCGGAACGGACACAACUUCCUUACCCCCCGAUGGCAAUUUAUCGGCAUGCUGGAGGAUCACAAAUGGCAAGCAUGUUCUGGAUGUCUGAAGCUUCACCGCAAGACUGCGUUCACCUCGCGAGAACUGAAACGAAAACCGGAAGACCGCGUCUGCAAUCUGGGCGAACUGGCUGGUGUAGUCGACUUGUGCCCAUGCAGAAAGUUGACCUUCCAGGAUAAGAUGGACAUCGUUGAGCUUCUGAAAUUGCGACGGCAAUCGAUAGGUUUCCUAAAUGCACAGUUCGGAAACGGCGUCAAAGAACGUUUCUGUUGGCAUUCCUGCACGCAGGAUUAUGGGUCGACAGUAUUGAAUAUCAGCAUUUACCCCGAGUUGGAUCAAGAUAAUAAACUUCAAAUACGAACCGAGUACCGCCUUUCAAUUGAGGCAGGUCAACUGGGGAAAGAGGAGAACAUGACACCGCGAUUCGGGUGUGCACACCGGUCUGUCGACCUAUGGCUUGCCAGUUCUUGCCAAACCUCCCCCAUUCAACCGCCGCAGUUUCUAUACAAUAACAUCAAUUCUGUGCAGUCGCCGCAAUCGCCAUACCAAUAUGGCAAGCCAGUCGUCUAUCCGCAGGUGAUCCCGAAUUUCAAUAGUUAUGCGCAGGCUUUCAAUAGUCAGCAACACGUACAACAACCUCAACCAGUACCGCCGCCCCAACCGCAAUAUGUGAACCCGGUAGAUCUAUUCCAACAACCAUCUGUUGGUCCAGUCAUACCACCCCAAUUCAAUACAUUCGGUACCUCUCAAUACGCCGGACAGCCUGCCGCGUCUGUUGCAAACAACAACCCCGACCGCUCGCCUACAUUACCCACUAUAUCUAACUCGACGCAGCCAACACUCUAUCCUCCUCCUAGUGCUAGCCCGGGCAGCAGCAACGCAUACAAUCAAUAUCCACAGGUCGCUCCAAAACAGCAGGCGACCCCUUUGCAAAAAAAACCCGCUCCCUCGCCGAUUCCCGCUUCUACUUCCGUUCCUGCUCCUGCUCCAGUCGCCAGUCCCAACCCCGUUCCUCAGAUGUUGAUUCCCGCUCCUUCGCCAGAGGUCCAACAGAAAUUGUUGAAACAGCAAGCAGCCAGGAAACAAGGGCAAGCACAACUGCAAGGAAACCAACAAACUGCACGCAAACAAGGGAAACCUUCGGUUGAUUAUCAGGUACUGUUGUUGUCAUUGGCGGACGAGUAUCUCAAUGCUGCUCAUAACCAUGGGACCACUGUUGCCUCGUUGAGAAAGGAGGAUGACGUGGAGGAAUACUAUAAGCUUCUUGCUACGGGGCUUGGGUGUCUGGAGGCUGUUUUGAAGAACUGGAGACUUCAACCACGUAUGGAGGCACUUGUGCGGUUACGAUAUGCACGCGUCUUGUUCGAGGAAACAGAUAAUGACCUUGAAGCGGAAACUGCAUUGAGUAAAGGGAUCGAUUUGUGUGAAAGAAACCGCAUGUUGGACCUCAAGUACAGUAUGCAGCAUCUUUUAGCGCGGAUGCUCCACAAGACCAAUCCGAGAGCUUCGUUGAAGGCUGUUGAUGGUAUGAUCCAGGACGUGGAAGCGUAUCGCCAUUCGGCCUGGGAGUAUGCUUUUCGCUUCCUUAGAGUCUCACUUUCUUUAUCUUUAUCAUCCCCAACCCAUCAAGACUCGGUUUCAGCGCUGCAUCAUCUCCACAAAAUCUCCCAGAUGGCCAAUCGCAAUGGUGACAAGGCUGUAUCAGCCAUGGCUGCUGUGAUUGAGGCACUGGCACAUCUGCAGCUAGGCUCGAAUUUCGAUUCUAUUGAGCAGGCUCAGCGCGCAGUGGCUACCGCACGAAGUCAUCAACUCAAUGAUGACCUUCGGCACAUACCUCAAUUAAUCACUCUCGUUCAGAUGGUUGACAUUUGCUGCAGUCUUCUGGAAUACGAUGUCAACCAAUCUGCUCAAAAAUUACGAGUGUUGCAAGAGAUAAUGGACGAGAGGUUAAAUUAUCCUAACUGGCGCGUUGACGGAUCGUUCUCUGUCCCACUGAAUGGCAAAUCUGCGGGACCUUCUUCAAUUGACACCGGUGAUAUUCUCCAAGUCCAGAAUGGCACGUUGCUUCUGAGUUUCAGCUGGCUACCCCAGCAUGAUCUUUAUGCGUUGUGCUAUUUCCUUAGCUCUGUCACACUCAGUGCUAAGAACUCGCAUGACGGUCGUAAAGCUGAGAAGUUCCUUCAAGAAGGGAGGCGUAUGCUCAACAGCAGCUUCGAGAUACCGGAAAAUGUUGCAGAAUCGAUGGUAAGCGCAAACAAACGCAUAGAAUGGCGCAGGACGCUAUGCUGCAACAUCAUACUACAACAAGUAUUUCUGGCAUGUUCACGAACCGAUUGGGACUUUGCCAAACAAAAUCUUAAAGAACUCCGACAAAUCGCACAAGAGACCGGUGACAACCUCUCAGAUGACAUCCAAUGCCUCGUAGAAUACACCACAGGCACUAUCGCGCAAGCAACAGGAGACCUCAAAACCGCCUUAACAAUCUUCCAAUCCCCACUCCUCUCACUUUCCCCCAACGCCAGCAAAAUAACACGCAACGACCCCCGCCGUGACAUCGCCAUCCUUGCAACCAUCAACACCGCCCUCAUCCUCCGCGACCCAUCUCACCCCUCCCACUCGCUCCUCCCAUCAGUCCUCUCCACCAUUGAAUCCUUCGCCAAAUCAAGCCCCAACAAAUACAUCCAAGCAGCCUACUACCUCAUCAAUGCAACCGUGCAAACCGAAUCCACAAUCCAAACAAAACAAUUCCUCCAACAAGCGCUCCAAUCCGCCACAGCGAUCAGCAACUCCCAAAUCACCUGCAUGACACUGACUUUCAUGAGCUGGAAGUACUUCCGCGGUGUUGUCGGGGAACAAGCGGAGAAAAGUGCACGAGCAGGGCGGGCAAUGGCGAAGAAAGCGAAUGAUCGUCUUUGGGUAAGCGUUACGGAUGAAAUGCUCGCGGAGACAUUAGAGAGGCAAGGGAAGGGAGAGGAGGCGGGAACUGUUAGGGAUGAGGGGAUGAGGGUUACAACGGGGCUUCCAGGGGCGUUGAGGAGGGGUGUUUGA